UAGGGUGCUGCGAGUUCUGGGUCAGACCUCUGAAAGGCUCAAUUAUGGAGGUGAGUGAGGACGCCGGGGAGCCUAACAAAGAUUUCAACUCAACCUCAGAGAACCAGCAAACGAAUGCCCCGACUCCCUGCCAAGCCAGUCUCCCUGCAGGUGACAAAGCUGCAGGUCAGCCAGUUCCAAGAAGAUUUCCAAGGGUGCAAAAGACUGUUCUGCGGCGAACCAGACGCCGCCGGCGCCCUAGGAGGCGAAGGAGAAAACCCUCCAGGAAGAUUCUGAGAACCUUUGCGAGAGAUGGGAGAAAGCCCUCACUUGAGGACGGCCAUCCGCUCAACGUGGAGCCGUCUACCAGUGAUCCCGAGCAAGAAGGGGUCACACCGAGCACCAGCGUCUCUGCUAGUGACUAGACCAGCUGAGGGUCUCAGUAUGGUCAAGAGAUCUUAGCGCUGAGUCAUGUCCAGUCAUGGACAUUGACAGUUACCUUGACCAUUACCACAGAGCCCUCUUAUGGUACUGAAAAUAAAAGCAAUCAGAUGUCAGCA